AUGUCAGUGAUUGAGGCUAAUGUGAACAACUAUCAGAGGAAAUUGAAAGAUUGGAGUAGGGUUUCUUUUGGUAAUAUCUCUCGGGCUCUAGUUGAAAAGAAAAAGAAGAUCAAAGUGGCGGAAGGGGAAGCGGUAAGAAGUGGAAUUAGUGACCAGUUGCAUGUUUUGAAGGUAGAAUUGAGAGAACUCCUUACCAAGGAAGAGAAGCUUUGGCAGCAACGCUCAAAGCUGCAUUGGCUUAAAAAAGGGGACCAAAAUACACGUUACUUUCAUGGCAAAGCUUCUCAGAGGUGUAGGAAAAAUUGCAUCAAAUGCCUAAGAAAUCCAAAUGGGGAGUGGGUUGAAGGUGAUGACCGAAUUGCUCAAUUGUUUAUUGACUACUACAGUGAGCUUUUCUCAACCUCAAAUCCGAAUCAGUUGGAGGAAGUGUUGGUCACUAUUUCUCAACCAAAUUCAAUGAAUGCGGAUUUGGUGAAACCUUUUGUGAAGCAAGAGGUGGAUAUGGCUCUAAAACAUAUGACACCUUUGAAAGCGCAGGGUCCAGAUGGCAUUCCCUUUCAUCUUCUAUCAACACUUUUGGGAUUCCAUUGGUGA